AUGUGGACAUCAGAGGGCUACAUUGGCUGUUUCGUCGACAAUGCGGACCGUGUUCUCCCCCAGUACUUAGCGGUUUACGACUCCAGGAUGUCUGUGAGCUACUGUCGGGGCCUAGCAAAGGCGGCAGGUUUGCCAUAUUUUGGUGUUGAGUAUGGCCAGGAGUGCUACGGCGGCUCUGACAUGGCGAGAGCAGUUUCGCUAGGCCCCAGUAACGGCUGCACGAGCGUCUGCUUCGGCGAUUUUCGCCAAGUUUGUGGCGGUGGUUGGGCCAUAGAUAUCUACGAAACCUCUCCCUCAGAGGGCUACAUCGGCUGUUUCGCCGACGAUGCGGACCAUGUCCUCCCUGAGCGCUUGGCGGACAAUGACCCCAACAUGUCUGUAAGCUACUGUCGGAACUUAGCCAAAGCUGCAGGUUUGCCAUAUUUUGGUGUUGAGUAUGGCCAGGAGUGCUACGGCGGCUCUGACAUGGAGAGAGCAACCAGGCUGGGCCGCAGUAGCAACUGCACACACAGCUGCUCGGGCGACACUAGCCAGAUUUGUGGCGGUGAUUGGGCCGUCAACAUCUAUGAAACCUCCCCGAUAGGUAUGUACGGCGAGCACAGAGUGAAGCACGAUUAG